AUGGAUGACUGGACUCACUCCUUCUGCCUCGCUUGCGACAAGCAGGUUCACACUGCCAGCGAUGCCUACUGCUCCGAGUCGUGCAGACUAGCCGACUUUGAGAAGACGUCGACCCCGAACUCCCAGGCCAGCUCCCCUGGCUUCACUCCUCCUGGCUACCCGUGGACGACUCGGUCCGCCUCCAACGCCGGCUUCUUCCUCUCCCCCGCCUACGACUUCACCAACGCAAAGCCUUAUGGCAAUGCUUCUGUACAGCACCAAUCCUCCAAGCCGACUGGCACCGAACAGUCGACCCGAGUCCUCACUCCGUCGAGCUCACACAGCAGCCUCUGCUCCAUGCAGAGCACCUCUACAACCGGCGAGCCGGGUCAACUGUCCGACAAGACGAGACAAGAACUCCGAGCCUACGCCGUCUCCUUCGAGCAAGUAAGGCUGCAGCGAAGACGAUCAUACUAG